AUGAUUCGGCUUCAAGAUACUUUCAUGGAUGGAAACGGAAAUACAUCCAUGUCAUUUGUGGCAGUUAACGAGGAACAACAGACUACGUCAACAGACGAAAAGGUGCUUGACUCAAUUCGCAGCUCCGCGUCUACAUGUGGCUUAACAUGUUCUUCAACAUCUGACAGUGGUUGCAUGAUAGAAAGCUACAGCUCUUCAACUACCAUCGAUGACGAUCACAAGAUAUUUGACGAUGUCAGUUGCAACAAUAAUAAUAAAAAUAACGGCAACAGUUCAGUGAAUAAACAACCUUCAUCCAUGUAUUCAUUAAUGGGUAAGUAUUGAGA